UAUUUAUCAAAUAAUAAUAUAUAAAAAGAAUUCCAUAUAUGUUAUGUAUUAAAUACAAAAAAUGAACACCAAAGAGUAAUACAGUAUUAUGUUUGCUUAGUUUUGGUGUACAUAGGGGUGGGUAUAUAAAUAAACAGUAUAUAUAUUAUGGCUGCUACGAUGGUGGAGUCACCCCCACCGCACUUGAUAACUACAAUAGAAUGGAGUAUGAUGGAUAAAAGCAAGUUUUUUCCACUGUAUACGUUGAGCAGUUUCACAGUACGAUGCGCCCUCUAUCCGUUGACAUUAGUUAAGACUCAAAUCCAAGUUCAGCGUAAGAAGGAGGCCUACAAAGGUGUGACGGAUGCCAUCACAAAGAUAUAUCAGAACGAGGGAAUCUCCGGACUGUAUAGAGGAUUCUGGCUUUCCAGCUUUCAAAUAAUCUCUGGCGUUUUCUACAUUACGACUUACGAAGGAGUUAAACAUGAAUUGGGGAAGUAUGACAUCAGUCCCAAAGUUAAGUCGUUCAUUGGAGGUGGUUGUGCAUCAAUGGUUGGUCAGACAGUGAUUGUGCCAUUUGAUGUGCUCAGCCAACAUCUGAUGGUGCUGGGACUGGCUAAAGGAAGACCUGGAGCUAGCAGGAACCCGAAAUUAAAUCCUCUAGGUCUAGACUUAGAUAAGCGUUUAUCUAAAGCAGCUUUAGCUCGCGAGGUGGCGCUGCGUGUGUACAGAUUGCACGGUCCAUUGGGGUACUAUAGAGGUUAUGCAGCCUCAUUAGCUGCUUAUGUACCUAACUCUGCGCUAUGGUGGGCUUUAUAUACUGCGUAUCAAGAUGAACUAUUGAAGUUAAGUCCGGCCUGGAUAUCACAUUUGUUCAUACAAUGUAUCGCUGGCACUUUGGGUGGAUUUACCACAACAAUACUGACCAACCCGCUAGAUAUAGUCCGAGCUAGAUUACAGGUGGAAGGUGUUGGUUCAAUGCGUCAAGUUUUCAAAGAACUUUGGCGGGAAGAAGGUCUAAUAGGUCUCUAUGCUAAAGGUCUGUCAGCCAGAUUAGCGCAAUCAGCCUGCUUUUCAUUCUCUAUAAUACUGGGCUAUGAGACUAUAAAACGUUUCAGUGUCAACGAUGAGUUCAGAACGAGAGUAAGAUGGUGA